GCACCUUUGUGGCGCCGGCGGCGGAGGGCGCCCGCGCGGAGCCCUCAUGCCGGGAUGGCAGAAGAUGAACCCGAUGCCAAGAGCCCGAAGGCCGGGGGGCGGCCCCCCCCAGGUAGUGCCGAGGCGGGGGAACCCACCACGCUCCUCCAGAAGCUGCGAGGUAGCAUCUCCAAGGCCGUGCAGAACAAAGUAGAGGGAAUCCUGCAAGAUGUGCAGAAGUUCUCAGACAGCGACAAGCUGUAUCUCUACCUGCAGCUCCCCUCAGGGCCCAGCACUGGGGACAAAAGUUCGGAGCCCAGCACGCUCAGCAACGAGGAGUACAUGCACGCCUGCAGGUGGAUCCGCAACCACCUGGAGGAGCACACCGACACCUGCCUGCCCAAGCAGAGCGUUUACGAUGCCUACCGGAAGUACUGUGAGAGCCUCGCCUGUUGCCGCCCCCUCAGCACAGCCAACUUUGGCAAAAUCAUCAGAGAGAUCUUCCCUGACAUCAAGGCCCGAAGGCUUGGUGGCCGGGGCCAGUCCAAAUACUGCUAUAGUGGCAUUCGAAGGAAGACCUUGGUGUCCAUGCCUCCCUUGCCCGGACUUGACCUGAAGGGCUCUGACAGUCCAGAAAUGGGCCCUGAGGUCACCCCGGCGCCCCGGGACGAGGUGGUGGAGGCGGCCUGCGCCCUGACCUGCGACUGGGCCGAGCGGAUCCUGAAGCGCUCCUUCAGCUCCAUCGUGGAGGUGGCGCGCUUCCUGCUGCAGCAGCACCUCAUCUCCGCCCGGUCCACACACGCCAACGUGCUCAAGGCCGUGGGGCUUGCUGAAGAGGAUGAGCACGCCCCCCGGGAGCGCGUGUCCAAGGCCAGGAACGGAGUGGAGAGCCUAGAGGGCGCGGCCCACCGCAGGCCGGAGAGACCCACGCAGUCUCCCAAGGAGCUGGAGCCCCGGGCAGGGGCCGGCCCCCCAGCACGCGGAGAGCGGAAGAAGAGCCCGGCUGAGAGCCCAGCACCCGCGGCCAGCAACCCGCAGGUCACCGCCCUGGUGGCCCGGCUGCCGCCGCUCCUGCCCCGGGCCCCUCGCUCACUCGUGCCCCCCAUCCGAGUCUCCCCGCCCAUCCUGGCCCCCAAGCUGUCUUCAGGCACCCUGAAAGUCGCUGCGCUGCCUCUGCCCACGAGGGCUGGGGGCCCCCAGGCGCCCAUGCCCAUUAUCAACAUGAUCUUGCCAGCUGUUUCUGCUUUGCCGGGGCCGGGGCACGGGCGGGUUCCCCCUGGGGGGCUCACUCAGCCACAGGGCACGGAGAACAGGGAGGUGGGCCUAGGUGCUGACCCAGGACCCCACGAUAAGGGGGUCAAGCGGACAGCUGAAGUGCUUGUGAGCGAGGCCAGCGGGCAGGACCCGCCAGUUAAAGCAGCAAAGCAGGAGACAGAGGAUGCAGGAAGUGAGACCAAAAGGAAAAGGGGGCGACCCCGGAAAAAGUCCGGUGGAAGCAAGGAAAGAAAUUCUACCCCCGACAAGCCAGCGGCUGUCAUGGACUCUGCCCAGUCCUCAAGGUUCCCACGGCAGACGUGGGCCUCAGGGGGGGCCGGUGACGCGGCCGGAGGCACAGAGAGGCCAGGGCCCGCGCGGGGGGCUGAGGAGGGCAUGGUGCUGGCCCUGGGGCAGGAGGAUGGCGCUGCUUCCAGAGGCGGAAGGGGCCCCAGCUCCCGCCAUGCCAAAGAAACAGAAGAUAAAAUGCCUGUUGUGUCCCUAAAAGUCAGUGUCAUCAAGGGCUGUAGAAGCCAAAAGGAGGCUCUUCAUUUGGGAAAGGGAGAGGCAGACAUGGCAGCACAGGGUAAUAAGGACUCAAAGGGGCACGCGCUUCAGACCUCCCCACCCCGCGAGCGGAAAGACCUCAAAGCAACACCUCCGUGAGGGUGCGUGGGGAGCGCGUCUUUCGUGUGUUAACUACGUGUCUGCCUUGUCCAGGCCCCUCCACACCUGCUUUACUUGGCUCUUCACUGCGGGGUUCCUUCUGCAUAGAUAGCUGGGGCGCCCCAGCUUCCCCAGUGCCUGCUUCCUGCUUCUGACCUUUCUAGCUCACUCCCUUUGGCUUUAGUCACCUUGCAGUGACCUUCUUACCUGCGUCCCUGUGCUGUCCUGUGGAAGACAGGGAUGGAGUAAGUGUGAUGAAUGUACAGGUUAGGAGUGUUUUGGUUUCGAAUCAUAGAAAGCCUAGCGCGGACUGGCUAAGAAAAAGACCGGCUCAUGGAGCCGGACAGUCUAGAGGUAGUGCUGGCGCGGCUGAGGCUGACCUCAGCCUCAUGGCUGCGCCUCUGGAGACCUGACUGACUGCUGACCCCUGCUCCUCUCUCUGUGGGAGCACCUGCAGCCUGGGCCUGCCCUCCUAGGAUUAUGAGUUUCCCCGUGUGCGUCCAAGCAGAAAGAGGGCAGCAUUGUGCCAGAAGUUCUACCAGAGGCCCCAGAUCCGCUCCGGUGAGGCCGGCCCGGGUCACAUGGCCAGCCCUAGCCAGUCACCAUCAGGAGGACGGCAUAUGCUGAUUUGCUUGGUCUGCAUCACGGAGUGCACCUUUGGGGAGAAGGGUGGCAUCAGCCUCCUCAGAAGUCCUGCAGUCCCCAGGUGGCAGCAGGGAGGCAGUGGGCAGCUGGGCUGAGGUCCCUACCGCGGCUUCUGCUCCCCUCUCAGCCUCACGCUUCCCCGUGGCUGCAACCUCUUCCCGCCUGUUUUAGCCUCAGAAGGAACGGGGUCAUUCCUUUAGGGGCUAUCGCUUCAGUCUCACAUGACAGCCCACGCUUCUUUGCCCACACCGCAGAGGGGGAGCUCAGCCCUCGCUCUGUUUCUGAAUCUGUUUCCUCUGCCUCUUGCUCCCCGACCCCCAGGUGUUGAGGUGAGACGCCUAGCGGCUCACUGAAUUCCUCCUGCCUCCACCGGGUGUCAGGACUGAGCCGCGCCACGGGUCCCCUAGGUGUGUGGGUGCGCGGGAGGGGGAGGUAGCCUUGUAUGGGAAGUGGGCCUGGGCCCUCCAGGUGUGUCCCCGGAAACAGCCAAGCAGCCGCUGUCCGUGGAGGGCCUGCCCGCCACCCGCACAGCAGCCUGUCUGGGAGUCUUGGUUCUUCCUAAGAGAGGCAGGUUUCCCUUCAAGGAGACUUUGUUCACUUGUUCAUCGAUUUCCACCAUGGCAGAUUUUUUAAAGUAUAAUAUGUAAUAUUUGAUAUCUAUAAAGACUAUAUUUAACAUGGAUAAGUUAUGAAGUGUGAUAAUGAAAUGAGUUCCUUUGACCCACCUCCUACUUACCCAUUAAAACAUCAGAAAUGACGUUGUUGGCGUGUUCCUCCUGCGCCCGCCUCUGCCCAGUGUGACGCGGCCUUAGCUGGGAGUGUGUUACGUGCCGGCCUCUAUCUGUGUCCCUGGAAACGGCUCUGUUCAGUUUUGCUUUCUAUUACAAAACGUUACUCUCUACUCAGCCCUGCAAUUUGCUUUGUUCCCACUGAACACCUUUUCC